GAACGAUUACUUGAUCUAGCCAGCUUCUGUUGAAGACCUGGGAAAACUUACAAAUUUUAAUGGCAAAAUUUUAUCUGUUUCCAUAAAACAACAGCAGAAUUUUGUACCUGGCGGCAUCACCUCUGAUGAUGAAUAUUGUUUUAUUUUUGAAUUAAGUGUCUGUUCUUCAGGAACGAGAUGUAUCUUGCUCUUCUGGUGUUUUUCUUGCAGUGUUCAGAACUUUACACUCAGGAGAGAGUUUUUACUUUCAACACAGUUGAAAUCAAGGUUCAACCAUCUGUCAAAGUAAAGAAUGGAGCUCCUAUGUCAAUUGUCUGUCGUGCUGAUAUUAGCAAAAGUACCGAUUUCCAGCUGAAGCAUAAUUUUACAAUUUUUAAGGAUGGCAAGCUUGUGUUCAUGACUGUAUCAAACAAAGGAGAUGCACAGUAUGAAAUACCUAUGGCUAGAUCUUCAGAUACAGGAGAGUAUGAAUGUACUGUGGAAGCAGGUGGAAAGACAAAAUCUAGUAACUCCUUACACGUUUGGGUAACAGGAAUGACCAAGCCAAUCCUGACUGCUGAGAAAAAAGAAGUUUUAGAGGGUGAAGUUGUGAAAUUGCGUUGUGAGCUGCCAGAAGAAGUACCUCCUUUAUAUUUCGUUUUCCGGAAGACAAAGAUGAAUUCAACACCUAAAGAAAAACUUGUAUUUGAACCAUACAAAAAUUUUUCUGUAGUGGAAUUUUCUGUUGAAGAGGGAGAUAAUAUUUUACAAUUUGAUUGCUUUGGUAAGAGAAACGUAAAACUCGAAUUUGAAAGCUCAGAAUACAGCAACAAAACACUUGUUACAGUCAGGGAACCAUUUAUAAAGCCCACUCUGAAUGCCAAGCCCUCAAGUAAUAUUACAGAAGGAGACAGAAUACAGUUUGAAUGCUCAACUGUGGUAGCCCGAAUGCAUGACAUUGAAAUCAUACUCCAGAAAAACAGAACAAUACUGAACAGUACUGUGUACAAGUACGUACACGAGUACAGUGUACGAGAUGAGAAACUUUUGAAAUACUCGGCAGUAGCUACUCUAGAGGACAGUGGUGAAUACCUGUGUAAGGUGGAGCAAGGGAGAACAUCUAAAACCACCAAACUGAAUGUUGUUGUGUCAGAGUUAUUCCCCAAGCCAAUAUUGGCUGCUUCAAUGAGUAAGCUGGAUGAAAAUAAAGAAUUAACUUUGAGUUGCAGCAUUAGUGGUUUUCGGAAAGCUAACUUCUCUAUAUUACGGAAAAAUUCAAAUGGAGACAUCUGGUUGAAAAAUUCUAGAAACUUAACAAUGCGAGUCAAUGUGAAUGAUACUGGAUCCUACAUCUGUAAAGCUGAAGUAAGAGGAAUAGUCAAGGAGAGCAGACCUGUAAGGAUAAACGUGUAUGCUCCAGUCUCCAAGCCAACUCUUUCCGUUGUCAGUGGUUUACCGGAGGUGGUGUUAGGGAAGCCUCUACGGUUAAUCUGUCGCUCAGUGAUGGGAACACCACCAAUAACAUUCACAUUCUACAAAGGAAAUAAUGAAGUUAAGAAAGUAGUCAUUAAUGACACAUAUGCUACGUUCUUGGAUGAAAAUAUUAGACCAAAUGACAAAAGAGGAUACAAAUGUGAUGCUAGAAAUAAUCACUCCAGUGGUAUGAAAACUAGCAAUAUUCUAAAUGUCACAGUAAUAGUACCAAUCAGGAAUGCCAGCUUGGGCAGUAUUCCAUAUGGAGAAGUGGAGGAUGGCAGUGAGACUGCCUUUCUCUGCUCUGUGAAAGAAGGAUCUUGGCCAAUCCACUUCAGGAUUUUUAGAAAAACUGAUCGUGAUGUCCUUCUAUUUGAAAAAAGUGAAAAUGCAGACAGAGUUAUGUGGCGAAAGGAAGCAAUGAACAGGCAGGACACGGGGACGUAUUACUGCAUAGCUUCUAAUCGAGCUAAUGUGGAUGUGAAAAGCCAUCCAAUAACCAUCAGUGUCAUCUUAGCGGCUUGGCAGAAAGGAAUCAUUGCUGCAUUUGUCCUAAUACCUAUCGCAGGAGCAGCAACUCUCACUUUAUGGUGGUUUUUGUGUAAGAAGAAAAAGGCUAAAGGACCAUCCAUGGAGAUGUCUGGUUCUGCCUUGGCUACAAACUUGACAAGUGAAAAACUGACAAGACAGCAUAAUGAUGGAGAUUACUAUACAGGAUCGAGUUACAUUGAAGAUAGUGAAAAUCACAUGAAAUCAACAGAUGAGAGUAACGGACCUGACCUUGAGAGUGCUGAGGUGGAGUACACUGAAGUUGAAGUAUCAACGCUUGAUCCUCACAGAGAUUCUGUGGAAAACAGGCAUUCUAGAACACAAGGGCAUCCUGAUGCUACUUAGAACAGUCAUCUCAAAGAUCAGCUGGGAGAAGAAAAGAAGCCAAGAUGGAAGAUGUUGCAAAUGUUUCAAAAGCUCUGCAGCACUUAUUUAUGAGUUUGCCAGGCUUUUCUUUUCAAAGUUUAUUUCCUUAGGGGGAACAAUAGAGAUGUUCCUAAAGCAUUUAAUGGAAAAAAUUACAAAUAAAAAUUCUCAUAGGAAAGUGGCUCUAGAAACCAGACCUAGAUUCUCAUCUUUAAUUUCUCCUGCUAAUGCAAUUUUGCCUUUCUAGCCUCCAUCAUGCUCUGAGGAAAUAAAAGGGGAAGCUACAGCUGAGGAAGUACAUUUCUACAGUGCAGUAACUACUGUGAUGCCAGUAGGAUGUAGAAAUGUCUAAGCUUGCUUUAAACAACUAGCUAACUUGGUUAUCAAUAACACUCUACUGUGGCAGAACAGAGCUCAGCACAGCUUGGCCAGCCAUGAAUGUACUUUGACGUGAUCUUGCAGCUUGUGCUGAGCUCCCUGUGCUGCAGCAGCUGGACUGCUACCAGUCUUGGAGCCAGCUAAUUUAUAGCUCACUUGGAUGCUGCACUGCAAUGAGGGCCUAACAGAAGAGCAAGCUCUGGGCUCUCUAAAAACUUGAAUAACUGUUCAGAGAUUCAGUACUUUACCAAGUGCUUCUAUCAGUAGAGGCACAAAUAUUCUCUAUUUGCU